AUGGAUUCCUCCAAAGCCCCCGUCAAACUCGCUAAAGUCAUCAAGGUUUUGGGACGCACUGGAUCCCGUGGAGGUGUUACCCAAGUCCGCGUCGAAUUCAUGGACGACACAUCGCGGACGAUUAUCCGUAACGUGAAGGGACCUGUUAGGGAGGAGGACAUCCUUGCUCUCUUGGAAAGUGAGCGUGAGGCCAGACGCCUCCGUUAG